AUGGACCCCAAGGACCGCAAGAAGAUCCAGUUCUCCGUGCCCGCGCCCCCCGGCCAGCUGGACCCCCGCCAGGUGGAGAUGAUCCGGCGCCGGAGACCCACCCCUGCCAUGCUGUUCCGGCUCUCUGAGCACUCCUCACCAGAGGAGGAGGCCUCCCCGCACCAGAGAGCCUCCGGAGAGGGGCACCACCUCAAAUCGAAGAGAUCCAACCCCUGUGCCUACACCCCCCCGUCGCUGAAAGCCGUGCAACGCAUUGCCGAGUCUCACCUGCAAUCCAUCAGCAACCUGGGCGAGAACCAGGCCUCAGAGGAGGAGGAUGAGCUUGGGGAGCUGCGGGAGCUGGGCUACCCAAGAGAGGAGGAAGAGGAGGAAGACGAUGAAGAAGAGGAGGAGGAGGAGGAGGACAGCCAGGCUGAAGUCCUGAAGGGCAGCAGGGGGCCUGUUGGGCAGAAGACACCUUGUGGCCAGGGUCUGGAGGGGCCCUGGGAGCGUCCGCCCCCUUUGGAUGAGCCCCAGAGAGAUGGAAGCUCUGAGGACCAAGUGAGAGACCCCGCACGAAGUGAGCCUGGGGAAGACCCACAGCGCCCUGCGCACCCUGAGCCUGGCACAUAG